UUCCCCGCCGCGCUCCCGCAGCACCGGCACCCCAGAAAAAACUGCUUAGACAAUCUAAUGGAUGAAGAUGAGAAAGACAGGGCAAAGAGGGCUUCGCGUAACAAGUCUGAGAAGAAGAGGCGUGAUCAGUUCAAUGUUCUCAUCAAAGAGCUCAGCUCCAUGCUUCCAGGCAACACCCGCAAAAUGGACAAAACUACUGUGCUGGAAAAAGUCAUUGGCUUUCUGCAGAAACACAAUGAAGUCUCAGCACAGACGGAGAUUUCUGAAAUUCAGCAGGACUGGAAGCCUUCAUUUCUCAGCAACGAAGAAUUCACCCAGCUGAUGUUGGAGGCAUUAGAUGGCUUCAUUAUAGCAGUAACCACAGGUGGAAGCAUCAUCUACGUGUCUGACAGCAUCACACCUCUUCUAGGGCAUUUACCAUGUGAUGUCUUGGAUCAGAAUUUGUUAAAUUUCCUCCCAGAACAAGAACAUUCAGAAAUUUAUAAGAUGUUAUCUUCUUGUAUGCUUAUGACAGAUUCUGCCUCAUCGGAUUACCUAAAAACUGACAAUGAACUAGAGUUUUAUUGUCAUCUUCUGAGAGGAAGUUUGAACCCAAAGGAAUUUCCAACAUAUGAAUACAUAAAAUUUGUAGGAAAUUUUCGGUCUUACAGCAAUGUGCCUAACUCCACUUGCAAUGGCUUUGACGAGGCUGUCCCAAGGGCUUACAGAACAUCCCCGGGAAAGCAGAUCUGCUUCGUUGCGACGGUUCGUUUGGCAACGCCUCAGUUUUUAAAGGAGAUGUGCAUCGUGGAAGAACCUCUAGAGGAAUUCACAUCAAGACACAGUCUGGAGUGGAAAUUUUUAUUCCUGGAUCACAGAGCACCGCCGAUUAUAGGAUACUUGCCUUUUGAAGUGCUGGGUACUUCUGGCUACGACUAUUACCAUAUAGAUGACCUAGAGCUGCUAGCAAGGUGCCAUGAACACUUGAUGCAGUUUGGCAAGGGGAAGUCGUGCUGCUAUCGGUUUCUGACCAAAGGACAGCAGUGGAUCUGGCUCCAGACCCAUUACUACAUCACCUACCACCAGUGGAACUCUAAGCCAGAGUUCAUUGUGUGCACACACAUGGUGGUAAGUUAUGCAGAUGUUCGGGUGGAGAGGAGACAGGAGAUGGGCUUGGAAGAAGUGUCCUCAGAGGUUGUGUCCUCAGCACUAAAGGACAGUGGCGCCAGCUUGGAUCCUGAACAGCACUUUAAUGCACUUGAUAUUGGUGCCUCAAUCCUCAGCGCUAGUCGGACACCCUCAGUAUCAUCCAGGAGCUCACCAAAAUCUUCCCACACACCCAAGUCCGACCCAGCAUCUACACCAACAAAGCUGAUUGCAGAGUCUAACACUCCCCUGCCAAGAACACCGAGCACGCAGCAGGAUUUAUCUGUACAUAGACUCAGUCAACCUACUACUCUUCAGGUUUCUUUGCCUUCUCAGCCUCCAUGUGAGCUUCUCCCACAGCAGUUGCUGCCUCAAGCAACUCUGCAAAAUCAGCCUGCACCUCUGGCACAGUUCUCGGCACAGUUCAGUAUGUUCCAGACCAUCAAGGACCAGCUAGAGCAGCGGACCCGGAUCCUGCAGGCCAACAUCCGGUGGCAGCAGGAGGAGCUCCAGAAGAUACAGGAGCAGCUCUGCCUGGUCCAGGACUCCAGCGUACAGAUGUUCCUACAGCAGCCGACGGUGUCCCUGAGCUUUAGCAAUACUCAGCAGCCAGAGCCACAACAGCUACAGCAGAGGUCGGGGGCCAUUUCUCAGCAGCAGCUUGUCCCCAGUCCUCAACUUCAAGGGCAAAUUGCAUCUUCGCAAACAGCGAACCAGCAAGCACUGAGAGAAGCAAGCGUGAUAUCCAGCCAGGGCCCGAAGGCGGCGAGGAGCGCGGAGCUGGCGACGGGCGGCGGCCGCCCCCCCGCGGCGCCCCCGCCCUUCGCCGCAGCCCCCGCCGGCGGCGGCACCGCGGCGCCCCCUGCCGGCCCGCCCGCCCCCGGCUGCAGCCACGACCAGCAGCUCAGGCUGUUGCUCAGCCAGCCUAUUCAGCCCAUGAUGCCUGGGUCCUGUAAUGCAAGACACCCUUCAGACCUCAGCGUGGCGGGAUCCCAGGCUAAGUAUUCUCAAACCCAACAAAUGUUUCAAAGUUUGGAAGUGCAGACUUCCAGCAGCAGCUCUCCAAUCGUACUGAUGGGACAAGCAGUGUUAAACCAAGGGUUUGCCACUACACCUCCUUCCCAGCCAUCCUCUCUGCCACCUAUGCAACUCCAGCACCAACAGCAUCAGCAACAACGCUACCUGCAGGUGCAAACACCAAGUUCUUUGCACAAUGAGCAACCUGAUUCUUUGCUCCUGCCAUCUUACUCGCCACAGCAAGGAAAUAUGGGGUAUCAUCAGACACAGCAGCAGCAGCAGCAGCAACUAACGUCAAGAAGAAGCAAUAGCUUAUCAGAAUCAUCAAAUUUACCACAGCCACUGCGAUAGAGUCCCACCAGCACAAUCAAUGCACGAUUAGCUUUAACCAAUGGGCACAUGGGGCAGAAGAGAAUGACUUUGUACUUACUGUUUUG